AUGGUUUUAAAGAUUUCCUCUAAAUUUGAGUUUGCCAAUGUGAAGUGCACUUCUUUAGAUAAAGAGUUUGAUGAAUUCGAGUAUUGCUAUAUAAAAUCGGUGAACCGGAGCUACAAAUACGUGUCGCUAAAGGUCAACCUACUUCAAACCCCCAUUAGGAAAGUAAAACUUCAGGUGGGACUCUACAAAAAAUUUAGCGGCUACCGACCUUUUAUGUACAAUGUCACAGUAGAUCUCUGCAGAUUCUUCAAGAACCCAAAGUCCAACCCAUUUAUUGAUUACUUUUUCAGUUUCCUAAGACCCUACUCAAAUAUAAACCAUACCUGCCCCUAUGAUAAUGAUCUCAUGAUAGACAAACUUCCCAUCGGUUUUGUCCAACACCAAACCUCGAUAGUUUUACCCUUUCCAGAAGGCGAGUAUUUUGUGGAAAGUCGCUGGAUUGCCUACGACAUCCAACGGGCUGUUGUUAGAAUAUAUGGAACUAUAUCUUAAUCAAGUUAGCUAGUAAGAAAACAGAAAAAUUUCGAUUAAACCUGUAAUACCCACAUAAACACGCCAAGCUCCUACCAAGCAUUGGUUAAUAAUAAGGUUUAUUUGCAGGUAUAGCUAAUGGUCAGUUCCGGAGGAGCUGAUUCCUCCGCCAGUUGAUAUAGCCUGUUCUUAUAAACAUAUUCAUUAAUCAUUAAAAUAUUAAUUCAAAUAAUUUUGCGUUUAUAAUAUUUCCGUUUUGAAGAACAACUUCAGUUUGAGCUUUGGUCAAAUGAAUGUUUAUUUGAGUUUGGUAAAUAUAUCUUUGACUACAUAUGUUAAAAUCCAUAGUAUAUUGAUAUUUUUAAAUAUUCUCAUACAUUUUCGGUAAUUAUUGUAAAUACUUCUCGGUUUUCAUCUGGUAUUAAAUGCAUUUCUUGAGCAUUAAA